AUGGAGUCCGAUCGCUUCAAAUAUUGCUGGGGCGGUGCAACGCACAUGCGGGGGGAGAAGACCGAGGCGAACGCGCCUGCGCUGGCGGGGGCCGAUGAGCACGACAAACAGGCGGUGAGGGAUCAGAAAGUGACCGCUGCGCUGCGCGCACUGAACCCGAAGAAGAAGAGAGGGCCAUGGACCAUGCUCUGCGUUGACGAAGGGUUUCGCAGGGCCGAUGUCAGCACGGAGGCGCACAGGAAGAGGGGCAUUGCCCUGUGGAGCGUGCCUCCCGAAAGCCCCGUUCUAAUCCCAAUGGAGAUGUUCUGGGGCUGGCUUCGCAAGAAGCUGCGGUCGCUGGGCCUGCAGGACUCGCGCAAGAAGCGGGCGCGAUUGGGCAAGAAAGCCUACAACGUCAGGGUCAAAGGGGGGCUUGAAGUCGGCCAAGGCCCAAACGGCGGCAAAGACCGCGGCGGGUAG